AUGGUGCUUCAGGUAUACCUCGAUCCGUGCACGAUCAACUGCCGCAAGGUGUUGGCUGGACUGGACUUGAUUGGAGCCAAGUACGAGAUCCACCACAUCGACUAUUUCAAGGGCGAGCAGAAGAGCGAUGCAUUCACAAAGAUCAAUCCGUGCCAGACUGUUCCAGCUGCGACGGACGGCGACUUGAUCCUUACCGAGUCCAACGCCAUCUUGAUGUAUGCUGCAGACCAAGUUGGCAGCUCUCUGUACCCCAAAGACCUCAAGGCUCGCGCUGACUGCAACCGCUGGUUGCUGUGGGAAGCCUCAGUCUGGUUCGGCACCUGCUACGUCUACGCCGUCGAGAACGUUGUCAAGCCUCUUCUCAAAUCCGAGCCUGACCAAUCGAUUCUCUCCAAUGAAGAGCCAAAGUGGAACAAGGCUGCAGGCAUUCUCGACGAACGACUGGCCAAGAACAAAUUCAUCCUGGGCAACGAUGUGAGCAUCGCCGAUAUUGCUAUCGCAUCAUGCAUGCAUUUGUCCCCAGAGCAGGGGCUCCCAUUAGACAAGCAUUCCAACCUCUCCCGCUGGUACAAGGACAUCCAAGCGAUCCCUGAAUGGCAGAAGACACAAGGUGCGGUUGACAAAGCCUUGCUUCCCAACAGACAGGUUCGUGCCGAGUUCAAUUAUACCAAAGACGUUUCCCCCAAGCUUACGGAACUCUACUUCUACGAAGACCCAAACGGCCUAAACAUCCACGAGCCUGGCGACGAUCCUCAGACAAUGAGCGUGUACAACGGCUGGGAUCGAGCCAAAGAGUUUGAUGUGGAUCGUAAUGGGUUUGCUGUAAAAGAGUUUCCUUCUUCAUUUGAUCAUACCGAGAAAUGGAAGGAUGAAGAGUUGGUCAAGAACGACUUCUAUCCCGAAGUCGUGGAGUUUUUGAAAAAGGAGUUGGGCGCAAAGCGAGUCCUCGUCUUCGACCACACCAUCCGCACGAAAGGCAAUCAAAACAAAAAACUCACCCAAGAAACAAACACCUCCCAACGCGCCCCCGUCCGCCUCGUCCACUGCGACUACACCGCCGAAUCAGGCCCCGUCCGCGUCAAGCAACUCCUCCCCGAAGAAGCCGACAACCUCCUCACCCGCCGCACGGCCUUCAUCAACGUCUGGAAACCCAUCAACAAAGUCGAAGAAAACCCCCUCGCCAUGUGCGACGUGCACUCCGCCCCACCCGAAGACUUCUUCAAGCUCUACCUGCGCUACCGCGACCGCACCGGCGAGAACUAUGUCAUGCGGCAUUCGAGCGGGCACAAGUGGUGGUAUUUCCCGGAUAUGGUGCCGGAGCAGACGAUUCUGCUCAAGACGUAUGACUCGGAUAAGGCGAAGGCGCAGUUUGUCGGGCAUAGUGCUUUUGAGGAUCCGACGAGUAAGGCGGAUGCGCCGUUUAGGGAGAGUUGUGAGAUUCGGACGAUUUGUUUCUUUUGA